AUGGCCACCAUCUGCGAUUCCUAUAAUCCCUCUAGAACUGAGGCCCAGCGCUUCUGGGAUGACCAGUCCAAAUGGAUCAAAGCCAGUGCCGAUGUUCUGGAAGGAUUUCCAAAAAGUCUUAACUCGAGCCUCGCCUGGGAAGGCGAGGAUAUGCGGGACAAGGUCUCGCAGUGGAAGUUGUGCCUCUCUGAAGAAGACAUUGCCAAAUAUGAGGAUUUAUCAUCUAUUUCUUCCUCAACUUUUGAGCUGCCGGGGGAGUUAGCACAACGCCUGAGACAACUCGCCGACAAUGUUUACACCGGAUGCGGCUUCCAAAUCAUCCACGGUCUCGACCCGUCAAGUUUCUCGGCAAGACAGAAUAUAAUACUUUACGCAGGCCUGAGCUCCCAUAUUUUUCCACAGCGAGGGUUUGUUGAUGUGGCUGGUCGGAGAGUUAUCGGUCAUGUUGUGAACGUCCAAGAUGGCAAUAAUGGGCCAGAAACUGUGGCUCCCGCAUUUACCAAUACGCCGCUGAAACGCGACCAGAAGUCCUACGAACCCUUGCGGAACCCUGGGUGCUUGACUCGGUGGCAGCGCAAGCGCAACACCCAAUUACCGGCGCCAAGUCAAGCACAACUUGAAGCCUUGGAUGCUGUGCAGUUUGUUGCCGAGAGAAACUCUAUGACCGUUCCUGUUUGUAAGGGAGAUAUACUGUUUAUCAACGACAUGGCUGUUUUUCACGCCCGUGAAGGUUUUGAUGAGAGUCGCGCGACAACUAAGAGGCAUCUCAUGAAAAUGUAUCUUCGAGAUCCUUGCCAGGGUUGGUCUCUCCCAGAAUCGGUGCACGAAGACUUUAGCCCAAGAUACGCUCAGACAUCUGGUAGUUCUAAGGAAGAAAUAUGGGAUAUUCACCACAAGGAUGGUUUAGAGGAGCUUUCUUUCGUCAACGGAUGA